AAAAUCAAAAGCAAUUCGAUUUCACAACCCUUUAUUUUGUUCUAAUUCUUCGAUUUCUCCGUCGGGUCAGUGUUUGGUAUCGCCAUCUCUGCUGUUUAUAAACAAACACACUUUGUAUAGUUUUUUUUUUUUAAAUCAAAAAGAAUUGUGCAAAAUAAAAAAUAAAAUGUCUUCGAUCAUUCAUGGACCUGGAGCUGCUACGGCGUUAUCUACGUUUAAUCCCGUCGAUUCCAAGAAACUCACAAAUCUUUCAGACGAAGAAGGAGGCGGACACAUCUGCGAGCACUGGACAUGAACUAUUGCUUUUCGAGGCUCUUCAGGAAGGUUUGGAAGAGGAGAUGGACAGAGAUGCAAAUGUAUGUGUUAUGGGUGAAGAUGUAGGCCAUUACGGAGGCUCCUACAAGGUAACCAAAGGUCUUGCUGAUAAAUUUGGCGACCUCAGGGUUCUCGAUACUCCUAUUUGUGAAAAUGCAUUCACAGGUAUGGCCAUUGGAGCCGCCAUGACUGGUCUAAGACCUGUCAUUGAAGGUAUGAACAUGGGUUUCCUCCUCCUCGCCUUCAACCAAAUCUCCAACAACUGUGGAAUGCUUCACUACACUUCUGGUGGUCAGUUCACGAUUCCCGUUGUCAUCCGUGGUCCUGGUGGAGUGGGACGCCAGCUUGGUGCUGAGCAUUCACAGCGGUUAGAAUCUUACUUCCAGUCCAUCCCUGGGAUCCAGAUGGUUGCUUGCUCGACUCCCUACAAUGCCAAAGGCUUGAUGAAAGCCGCCAUAAGAAGCGAGAACCCUGUGAUUCUUUUCGAACACGUUCUGCUUUACAAUCUCAAGGAGAAAAUCCCAGACGAAGACUACAUCUGUAACCUUGAAGAAGCUGAGAUGGUCAGACCAGGGGAACACAUCACCAUCCUCACUUACUCGCGGAUGAGGUACCAUGUGAUGCAGGCAGCAAAAACUCUGGUGAACAAAGGGUAUGACCCUGAGGUUAUCGACAUCAGGUCGCUAAAACCAUUCGACCUCCACACGAUCGGAAACUCAGUAAAGAAAACACACCGGGUUUUGAUCGUGGAGGAGUGUAUGAGAACCGGCGGGAUUGGGGCAAGUCUUACAGCUGCCAUCAACGAGAACUUUCAUGACUACUUAGACGCUCCGGUAAUGUGUUUGUCUUCUCAGGACGUUCCUACACCUUACGCUGGUACAUUAGAGGAGUGGACCGUGGUUCAACCAGCUCAGAUCGUGACCGCUGUUGAGCAGCUUUGCCAGUGAAUUCAUACUAAUCUGGUGAACCAUUAUUUAUCAUUUACAUCUCUGUCUUUCUCUUUAGUUUAGCUUUUUAAAGAAUUUGUUUAAGUGGAAUUGGUUUUGUUGAAGUUUUAUCUCCUUUGUUGUGUAUUGGAAUAUUUGUUUUGUAACUCAGAAUGUUUUGGACCUUUGGUUGUUAAUUUACUUCCCACUUUUGUUUUGUUAAACC